AUGGCCUCACAACCCACUCCUCAGGAUUUGAAAGGACUGGCUCAGCGCAAAAGACAAGGAUUCUUCUCACCAGAGGUGGCGGAACUUAUUUUCCCUCCAUUGAAAGUUGGAUUUUGGGCUGGAACUGCAGGAGUAUUAGCUGGCGUUGGUGGUGCUAUUGCCAGAGAUACGAGUCCAGUGAUUAGUGGUUCCGUCACUGGGAUACAAUGGUUUACUCUUGGGACCACUUUCUGGUUCUCUAGGAGCCUCGCUAUGCGAGCAUGGGGCAACCAGGAAGUGACGCGGCAAUCUGACAGAACUAUAAUAAGCGCAAUCGCCGGGACAACCACCGGUGCUGUAUCGGGGCUGUUGCGUGGUCCUACAAAGAUCAUACCAGCUAUGAUCAUGUGGGGGUUAAUGGGUGCUGGAGGACAGAUGCUGGUACAUCGUCAUGAAGCCAACCAGAUGAAACCCAAAAUAGAAAACGGCCCCGGUUUCUGGUCUCGACUGAACCCGCUAAGGAAGCUGACGGAUGAAGAGUACAUGGACAUGAUGAGGGAGAAGAAGCUCAAACUGGACGUUGACAUUUCGCUAAUCGACGACCGGAUCGCAGAACUGAGGGCAAUGGAACACAAGGCCCGGGAAGCCGAGCGUGCCAUACCGCCACAGCAAAAUUGA